CUCAGAUGUGACAUACCCAGAACUCCAGUGUUCAUCCUGUGCUUGCGAACUAGCCCGUGGAGAUGUCGUCCAAGCUCGGAGACGUCGAGUAUGUCAUUUUUGACGUAGAUGGUCUAUUGAGUGACUCUGAGACUAUAUAUACCAAAGUGACAAAUGAUAUCCUUGCGCGCUAUGGCAAGACUAUGACUUGGGAGAUCAAGGCGGGGAUCAUGGGCAAAGUCCAGCGUGAAGCGGCAGAAUACAUCUACUCCUUCUUUCCCGGACUUGAGAACGAGUUGUCAGUCGAUGAUUAUCUCGUUGAGCGGAAUGCUCUACAGGACGAUUUGUUCAGAAAGGUUUUACCGCUUAGAGGAGCUGUUCAGCUCGUCAGACAUCUACAUGACGCAGGUAUCCCGAUCGCCUUGGCGACAGGCUCUAAUGCCAGGAAUUUCAAGCUGAAGACUGAUCAUCUUCCUGAAAUAUUCGCUCUCUUUCCAUCGACGCGAAUCCUCACGGCUGAUUCUCCACAAGUCAAACCGGGUAGAGGCAAACCCAAUCCGGAUAUCUUUCUAGCUGCUGCUCAAUCCCUAGGGUACGAUGUCGGAACUGCUACGGACUGUAGUGAUCUGCAGCGAGCUCAGAGAGCAAAAGGAUUGGUCUUUGAGGAUGCUGUGCCAGGAGUCAAAGCGGGGGUUGCUGCAGGCAUGAACGUCGUUUGGGUACCCGAUCCUCAACUCAGGGCACUGAAUCCUUCCGAAACCUAUGGCGCAAAAUUGAUACUAGAGUCAUUAGAUCAAUGGGACCCUGUAGCUUGGGGUUUGUCGCCGAUGAAAGUGAGCCAGCCCUCGCUUGGAGUUGAAAGUCACAGCUGAAGGGUAUCCAGACAACAGAGACUGAUUAACAAGUACACUCAUGCAUCGGUGGUGU